UUUUCGCGGUAACGCGUGUAUUUACGAGACUCUGCCCUUCUCGGACCCUGAGCUAGUGUUCCCAGAGCAUAAGGUGCAAAGGAAAGGCGCUGAUGGGGCAGUGGGGACGAUCUCCUUGCGAACUGCAGCAGUACCUGCCAGGGAGUAACCAACAAGCAGCAGAUUUAUGUGCACUUUGAAAGAAGCACCGCCACCAUUGGCUUUCCGAGUGCUCUAUACCUAGGGAGCGGCUGGUAAGGUGAACACAGCCUCUGGAGAAGCCCGGGCUGUUCGUUCCUGGAACCCGGGAGAGGAGGCAGCUCCAGUGGCGCGCACUGGGGCGCGCUCGCGCUCGCCCUGCGCCCCCAGCGCAGCUCUAGGGGGAGCUGCACCGCGGCCACUCGCCGCCGCCCCCAGAUUCCUGCUGCUGCCGCCCAGAGGAGAAACGCGACUCUGCUUCAAAUUUCCUCCGGGCGCCGGCGCUGCAGAGAGCCGGGCGGGUGGGCGCGAGGACGAGAAGGCGAUGAAUGAGUUCUCCCUUUGCCUCGGAGUUGACUGAGUUGGCGGCGCCGCGCCCAGGUUUCUUGCUCUCUGCGCCCCAGGAGCUGGAGGCUCCCGGGGUCGCUGCCCACUCCAGCGGCGGGGACCCAGCCAGCCGCGCCAGGGGAGCCAAGGCUCCGGGGCGCCUGUCCGGCCUCCGUUGGGGGCCAGGGCGGGUGGACCCCGCGGAGGGGCACUGUGGCACGGGCUUCCCGCACUUCGUCCGCGGUCCGGUUGGUCUCUCCAUGGCGUCUCGUCAGCAGACCCGGAUCCAGGCUUACCUGGAGAAGAACAAGAUCGGUCCUCUGUUUGAGGAAUUAAUGACCAAGUUAAUAACUGAGACACCCGACCAGCCAAUCCCAUUUCUCAUUGACCACCUUCAGUCUAAACAAGGAAACCGUGGACAACUACAAAGAGCUUUGUCUGGAUCUGCAGCUCUCUGGGCAGAAAGUGAAACAUCAGAAACUAAAGGAACAAGGAGAGAUUUCAGAAGCUAUGAUAAACCUUGGCAAUUAAAUGCAAAGAAGCCUAAAAAAUCAAAAAGUGACCUUGCUGUGUCUAAUAUUUCUCCCCCAUCACCGGAUUCCAAAUCAUUGCCAAGGUCAGUAGAGCAUCCUAGAUGGAACUGGCGGACUAAACCAGAAAGCCGUGAUUUUGAUGAAUUGAACCACAUCCUUCAAGAGAGCAAGAAGCUGGGGAAAGCCCUUGAGAAUCUCUCUCGAAGUAUUGCAAUUUCAGAUGAACUUGAUAAGGAAACAGUGGCUUUUAAUUCUUCUCUUCUGAGGCCUCGUGUGAUUGGAGAAUGGAUUGGUAGAGAAGAAAAUGAUGCUGAUCCACUAGCUGCUGAAAUGCUACAGCCCCCAGUUCCAAGAAGUAAAAAUGAACAAUGGGAAAAUGAAGAUAGUGGCUCUAGCCCUGCAGGAAGUUUAAAGAUGGAGCCCAAGACUAAAGGAUUAAAACAGCAGCAGCAGCAGCACAAGAAACUUCUGGCAGCAAUGCUUUCUCAGGAUUCCUUUGAGUCCAUCCACAGCCCUACCCCAUCUGUAACAGAGGAAGAUAUUGAUAAUGAAGAUGAUGCAAUGGAGUUGCUGGAGGAUCUUGAUGAUUUAAGAAUGGAGGGAGUAACAACCCUAGUACCUUCUGGGAGCAAAUUCAACCAAGGCCGUUCUGCUCAUCCUGCUGAGCCUCAGGCCAAGGUCACACUGAAUAUCUGUUCAAGGUGUGCCAGGCUUCAAGGAGACAACCUGGCAGAAAGGACAGAAGAGACAUUACAAAUACUUCAUUCUCCAGAUGAAAUAAUUCCAGAUUCAUUGGAUUCUUUACCUGGGACUGAAGAAGAACUGAUGGAAGAGGUUGAGGAUUUUGAGAAAGCAUCUAAAUUAACAGCACCUGGAGAAGUCUCCAGUGGAGGAUCAUCACUGAAAAACUAUACUGAAGAAGAUGAAUCCUUAAAGCAACUCCAGGUUGUGCAUCAGCCAUGGCUCUUGCCCAGUGACACAGAAAGCGAAGGAGUGGAAGCAGAACAAGAUAAACUAUGUUAGACCCAGCUGGCUUCAUCCUUCAACCUGAAGUACAUGCUACUCAGAACAGUGAUAUUCAAAGUGUGGUCCCCAAACCAGCAGUAUCAGCAUCAGCAUCUUUUGGAAAUAUGUAAGAACUAGAAUUUCCUCGGGCUCCCCACCCCCAGAUCUACUGAGUCAGAGCUCUGAUACUGGAGCCCAGCAAACUGCGAUUUCAAAAGCCCCCUACGUGAUUUGAGAACCAGUGCUAUAUAGGGUGCAUUCAACUGCUGUCUUCUCAAUAUCCUUGAGUGAUAAUGAGCAAUCAAACACAAAUGUAUUAUUAUUUUAUUCUAAGCCUGCCCAUUGGAAAAGCAUUCUAAAAAUACACCAAGUUCUCCAGUUUUAUUCAGUGACCACUUUUCAUAUACAAUUGCCAACUACAAAUAUUUUUAUAAUUCUUAGUGAUCUAAAUUUGAAUACCAUAAAAUUGCUAAAUGCUCAUUGUUCACUGAUACUUCCAAAGGUGUUUUGGUUAUUGUCCUCUGGGAUAGAUGCUGAUAUAUGUUAAUUAGUUUAAGGUCACUCACUUGAGCACCCUAAGACAAGAUUUGAACUUAAAACUAGCUGAAUAUAAAGUCUAUGCCUCUCCUAGUUUGCAGAUGAAUGAAACAACAGAUAAAUCAUUGUUCCUCUUCACUCUAAUUGAAGCAGUGCUUAUGAAUGAAUGUUUUAAAGAAUUUUUAAGUAUGAAUAUUAUGUGAAAAUCUAUUAUCAAAUGAUUUUGGUGAAUAUCAGGUUAGUUUUUUUA